GGUGGGUUUAGCUGAAGUUCUAGUCUUGCGCUGCAGUUGAGCUCAUGGUUAAAUAAUAAUAAACAUUAUUAAGCAUUGCCGUUGAACAUCCAAAGCAACAUCGGAUCUUUCUGCUGCAGAUCUCCGUCAAUUAUCACUGAAUAGGAUGGACCAAUCUCAGACGUUUAUUCUUACUGGAAGGGGGUUUUAAAUGCUUUUAUUGUCAGAGAGUGAGACAAAGAGACCAAAGAGCAGAGGAACAGUUCAAAAGAUUUAUUAACAAUAAAUGAUGGCUUUAACUGUGCUGGCGAUGACUGGAGAUCCCGGAACCGGCUGCAGAUGAGGGAAUGAGUUUUGGGGAUGUGUGCGUGCCAUAGCUGCACAAUGGGCAGAUCUGUGAAGAGUGUGUUUGUAGACGAGUGUGUGUGUCGUGGAAGUCAGGAGCAGAUUCGUAGGAAUCCUCCGUAGAAGCGCAGUGAGGUGCAGAGAACAACACCCAGCAGAUUGGAAGGCAGUCACUUUCCCAAUGCGUGGGCAGAGACAAGGAAUCCUCCGUUGAAGAUUCAUGAGCCAGAGAACAAGCAUACAGCAAGUUGGAAGGUAACCACACUCCUGCCACACGGGCAAAGACGGGCAACCAAACAGCUACACGAGACAGGACCAACUAGGAAGAGAGAGUGAGAUGUGGGUAUGGCGCUGUGGAUUCAGGCCCAGCAGCUUCAGGGAGAUGCUCUUCAUCAGAUGCAGUCUCUGUACGGGCAGCACUUUCCCAUUGAGGUGCGACACUAUCUGGCACAGUGGCUGGAGACACAACAGUGGGACGCAAUAGACCUGGAGAACCAGCAGGAAGAGUUUAAAGCCAAGCGUCUGUUAGAUGCUCUGAUCCAGGAGCUCCAAAGGAAAGCAGAACAUCAGAUGGGUGAAGAUGGCUUCCUGCUGAAGAUCAAACUGGGUCAUUAUGCCUCACAGCUGAAGAGUGCAUAUGACCCUUGCCCUCUGGAGCUUGUGCGGUGUGUCAAACACAUUCUGUACAUGGAGAGAAGACUUGUACAGGAAGCAUCCAAUGUCAGUAGUUCAAUUUCUGGUCCAGUGGACGGAACCCCUCAGAGAUACCAGCAGAUCAAUCAGACAUUUGAGGAGCUGCGUGUCAUGACACAGGAUACAGAUAACGACCUGCGCAAGCUGCAGCACAGUCAAGAGUACUUCAUCAUACAGUACCAGGAGAGUCUAAGGAUACAGGCUCAGAUAAACAGUUUGUCCAGCGUCCCUCCGGCAGAGCGUGUGCAGAGAGAAACUGGUCUACAAAGCAGGAAGUCCACACUAGAGGCCUGGCUCUCAAGAGAAGCCAACACCUUACAGAAAUAUAGACAGGAGCUGUCAGAGAAGCAUCAGAGGACUCUAGCUCUGUUAAGGAAACAGCAGACUGUGAUUGUGGAUGAUGAGCUGAUUCAGUGGAAGAGACGGCAACAGCUUGCAGGAAAUGGAGGACCAGCGGAGGGGGGACUGGAUAUUCUGCAAGCUUGGAGUGAGAAGUUGGCUGAUAUGAUCUGGCAGAACAGACAGCAGAUCCGUCGAGUUGAACACCUGACGCAGCAGCUGCCCAUACCUGGACCAACCGAAGAACUGCUCACUGAGCUCAACGCCACUGUCACCGACAUCAUAUCAGCACUCGUCACAAGCACGUUCAUUAUUGAGAAACAGCCUCCUCAAGUGCUCAAGACACAGACCAAGUUUUCAGCGACAGUGCGUUUGCUGGUUGGAGGGAAACUGAACGUGCACAUGAAUCCUCCACAGGUUAAAGCCACAAUCAUCAGUGAACUGCAGGCCAAGGCCUUACUGAAGAACGAGAACACUCGCAAUGACAGCAGUGGAGAGAUUUUGAAUAACAACUGUGUGAUGGAGUACCACCAAACCACAGGCACACUGAGUGCACACUUCAGAACAAUGUCUCUUAAGCGCAUAAAACGUUCAGACCGGCGCGGGGCAGAGUCAGUGACUGAAGAAAAGUUUACAGUUCUGUUUGAGUCGCAGUUUAGUGUGGGAGGAAAUGAACUUGUCUUUCAUGUCAAGACAUUAUCCCUGCCUGUUGUGGUGAUCGUUCAUGGAAGUCAAGACAACAACGCUACAGCGACAGUACUCUGGGACAACGCAUUCUCUGAGCCAGGUCGUGUGCCAUUUGUGGUGCCUGAUAAGGUGUUGUGGCCACAGCUGUGCGAAACUCUGAACAUGAAGUAUAAAUGUGAAGUUCAAAGUGACAGAGGACUGUCAGAAGAUAAUCUGGUGUUCCUCGCUCAGAAAGCCUUCAGCAGCUCCAGCAACAACCCUGAAGACUACCGCAAAUUGAACAUCACCUGGUCUCAAUUCAACAGGGAGAGUUUGCCUGGCCGGAACUUCACAUUCUGGCAGUGGUUUGAUGGAGUCAUCGAACUUAUGAAGAAACAUAUGAAGUCUCACUGGAAUGAUGGAGCGAUUCUGGGUUUUCUGAACAAACAGCAGGCCCAGGACAUGUUGAUGUCUAAACCCAAUGGCACGUUUCUGCUGCGCUUCAGUGACUCUGAGAUUGGGGGCAUCACUAUUGCAUGGGUGGCAGAGAACCCAAACAAAGCAGGUGAACGGAUGGUGUGGAAUCUGAUGCCCUUCACCACUAAAGACUUCAGCAUUCGCUCUCUCGCUGACCGCAUCAGUGAUCUCAAUCAUCUGCUCUUCCUCUAUCCAAACCAGCCUAAAGAGGAAGUGUUUUCACGAUACUGCACGCCGCCUAACUCUAAAGCAGUGGGGGAUGGAUAUGUCAAACCAGAGAUCAAGCAGGUGGUGAAGGUUGAGUUCUCUUCGCCCAAUCCCGAACCGUCUCCUGGGAAUUCCUCUGUCAUGGAGCACGCAGCGUCACCCACUGUCAGUCAACAGCACAGCUUCACAAUCUAUCCGUCCAUGAAUGACUCGAUGUUGGAUGCAGAGGGAGAGUUUGAUCUGGAUGAGACCAUGGACAUGGCCCGACAGGUUGAGGAGUUCCUCCGGCAGCCAAUGGAAACCCAGUGGAGUGGACAACAGUCAUGACCAUUAACUUCUCUAUCUCUCACCCUAGCAACAUUAAGAACUCCAUGCUGUCCAUUACAGAUUUUAUCUUAACAAAUGUGAAAUGUUUCUGUGUGAUGUUUGUUAGGCCGAUCGGUGGAUGUGUAACUGCCUCUGCAUUUUAUAUAACAGAUUUCUUCUCAUUAACAAUAACAGUAAACAAUAGUAGAAUUGACAUUGGGGAAAGAUUGUUGAUAUGCAUCAAUAAUUUUGUAGCCUUACUAGUUAAUUGUUGGUUUCCCAACACUCCUGCCUCAUCAUUGGUCAGACUAACAGGUGGUCCUACCCCAAACUCACAUCAUUGGUUAAGUCAGAAAUUGACAUGUUGGACUGCUUAAACAAAUGUUUUGAAUGCACUGCAGUGUCUUAAACCGGAAACUAUGUAGCAGAGAUGGGCCACUUCUAUUAAAAUGAAUGGGAGAAA